UUUUGAAUUCAUAUAUUAUGUUAGUAAGCUGACUGACUAAAAAGGAAUUAGCCCAAACGGUCAACAUUCCUUACCUUACAAUGGACAUAUUAUCGCUAUUAUGGCUUUUUAUCUUAUAUGGUGUUUCAAGCGCUGCAACACUUUUAAUUUUGCUUUCUAUUGGAAUUGUUGUUAUGACAAAUCCAUAUCCAUCAGUAGAAGAAUACCCAGAGGAGGAAAGUUACAUGGAUCCACACACCGGGAAGCGUCUUAAAUUUCCAAGUAUAAAAGACCCAUACAGCGUGAAUUUGAGUGUUGUAGUGCCUGCUUACAAUGAAGAGGAGAGAUUGCCACCCAUGCUUGACGAAGCACUGGAACAUUUAGAAAAUAGGAUAACGGAUUAUCCCAAUUACAAGUAUGAGAUUAUAGUGGUCAGUGAUGGCAGCAAAGACAAAACCGUUAAAGUGGCUGAGCGUUAUGCGGCCAAGUAUGGAAGUGAAAAGAUUAGGUGCCUGGAGCUAGUGAGGAAUAGAGGCAAGGGUGGGGCUGUGCGGUUGGGAAUACAACGCGCUAGAGGUGCCACAAUACUCUUUGCUGAUGCAGAUGGUGCUACAAAGUUUGAAGACUUAACUAAGUUAGAACUUGCUUUAAAUCAACAUGUGGAAGCUGAUGUGAACACUCAGCCAGGAAUAGUCGGCGAUUGCCUCGCCAUCGUCAUUGGAUCAAGGGCACAUUUAGAAAAAGAAUCUCUGGCAACAAGAAGUAUUUUCAGGAAUAUCCUCAUGUUCGGCUUCCACUUCCUGGUGUGGCUGUUCACGGUGCGCGGCGUCCGCGACACGCAGUGCGGCUUCAAGCUGUUCACGCGGCGGACGGCCGCCCUCACCUUCAGCAGUCUGCACGUCAACAGAUGGGCAUUUGACGUCGAGCUACUUUACAUAGCACAAAAACUGAACAUUCCCAUAUUCGAGAUCCCAGUCAGAUGGACCGAGAUCGAGGGCUCCAAGGUGACUCCGAUCGUCUCCUGGAUCCAGAUGGGUUGCGACCUGGGCCUAAUCUGGCUCAAGUACCAACUGGGCGCCUGGAAGAUCAACACUGGAAAAAACGAAUAAUUCCUUAUUAAUCUUAGAGUGUUACAUAAUAAUAGGUAAGCGCAACAUAUUUUAAUAUUGAGCAAAUAUAUUUAUUUACGUAU